AUGGUGCGGCGGAAUAUAGCUCAAAGCAGAAUAUACAUCUCCAUACCUCAACCGAUAAUAAUGGCAACUAUGAAGAGAAAACAAGUCGUGGAUACCGAAGGUUGGACUCAUGUGGUCCGAAAACCGCGAGGAACUGGAUACUCUAAGGAUAGAAGAGUCGUUAGAUCCAAUACCCAUGCAGGCGAUUUUGAGAUAAAUGGUGUGCCUUAUCUGGAUCGAACGCUUGAAAACCUUCAUCAAGAAUUUUGCCAUUGGAAAAAGGAGUGGGAGGAGAGUUCUGCAUGCGAGAAACUACAAAUACUAUUGUUAAAAAGAAAGGGAUCAUGUGGUAUGAAAAAAGUCAGUAAUAUCGUUGUACUUGGACUAGGAAGCCUUUUGAGCGCACGAAGAGAUGCACGAAGAAGUAGUGGUACUCAACUAGCUGCCGUACAAACUAUUCUGGAGAUAUUAGGACCAGAAAUACCAGUGGUAGUGCAGGAUCCGCAAUAUACAGAAACAGAUGAAACUUUUCUUUCAACGCGUGGAUGGAGAGUAGUCAAAGAUCCACAAGCUUUUGAUUUUGUGUGUGAGAGCAGCUUAGUCUUCGCAGUGCAUUGCUAUAUAGAAAUCUAUAAAUCUAUAGCAAGUAGGAAUAAGGCACCCGCCGUCAUAAUCGGGACCAAGAUGGAUAAUUUCAAACGAAUGGAAAACUCUCUUGAUAUGAUCGAAACUGCUUUAUUAUUAGAUAAUAUGGUUGAGGAAUGUGAAGCAAUUGACUUUCCACAAAUAAGAUACGACUUCUCUGACACCAAGAUAUACUGGCGUAAGAAGCUGAAUUCUACUUACUCAAAUGAUAAAUAG